AUGCGCCCCUCGCACUAUCCGCGCGGCGGCGAGGACUGGUUCGCCGCCAUGUGCCGCGAGGUCGAGACGGUGCGCGGCCGCGCCGGGAUCUGCGACGUCUCCACCCUGGGCAAGAUCGACAUCCAGGGCCCCGACGCGGUCGCCCUGCUCAACCGGGUCUACAGCAACGGCUGGAAGACCCUGCCGGUGGGCAAGGCGCGCUACGGUCUGAUGCUGCGCGAGGACGGCUUCGUGUUCGACGACGGCACCACCAGCCGGCUGGGCGAGCAGCACUACCUGAUGACCACCACCACGGCCAACGCCGGGCCGGUGCUGGCGCACCUGGAGUUCUGCCUGCAGGCGCUCUGGCCGGAGCUGGACGUGCAGGUCGCCAGCGUCACCGACCAGUGGGCGCAGGUCGCGCUGGCCGGACCCCAGGCGCGGCGCGUGCUGGAGCGCGUGGUCGACGAUCUCGACCUCUCCAACGCGGCCUUCCCCUUCCUGGCCGUGGCCGAGACCACGGUGCUGGGCGGGGAGCUGGCCGACGCGCUGCUGCGCUACGGCGCCGAGGUCGGCCUGGUGCCCUACGGCGGCGAGGCGCUGUCGACCCUGCGCAUCGAGAAGGGCCACCCGGCCGGCGGCGAGCUGGACGGCCGCACCACCGCCCAGGAUCUGGGCAUGGGCAAGCUGCUGUCGGGCAAGAAGGACUACAUCGGCCGCGCGAUGAGCCGCCGCCCGGCGCUGGAGGCGGACGACCGGCCGGUGCUGGUGGGCAUUCGGCCGACCUCGGCCGAGACGCCGCUGCGGGCCGGGGCCCAUCUGCUGACGCCGGGCGACAGCCCCUCUGUCGAGGCGGACCAGGGCUGGAUCUCCUCGAGCUGCUACUCGCCGAUCCUCGGCUCCUACCUCGGUCUGGCCUUUCUCAAGCACGGCCGCGACCGUCUGGGCGAGGAGGUGACAGUCUACGACCCCCUGCGCGAGGGGCUGUUCCGCGCCCGGAUCUGCGCGCCGGUCUUCGUCGCCGCCCCCCAGGCCGGUUCCCAGGCCGGUUCCCAGGCCGGUCCCCAAUCCGCCCGCCGCCUCGGCCCGCUGGCCGGCAUCGCCCUGCCCGAGCGGCGGCCGGCGGAGGGCCAGGUCGGCAUCCACCUGACGGUGCCGCCCGCGCCUUCGCUCGUCAGCCUGGAGGCGGGGCGCGGUCAGGCGGCGGCGCUGGGUGCGCGCAUCGCCGCGCGCUUCGGCGCCAUGCCCGCCCCCGGGCAGAGCCGCGGCGAGAACCCGCGCGUGCUGCACACCGCGCCCGAUACGCUGCUGGUGCUGGCCGAGGGGCACGGCGAGGGCGCGCUGGCGGCCGAGCUGCGCGACCUGGUGGGGGACACGGCCGCGUUGCUCGAUCUCAGCCACGGCCGCAGCCUGAUCCGCCUGGGCGGGCCCGAGGCGCGGGCCCUGCUGGCCUGCGGCACGGCCGUCGACCUGGCGCCCGAGCGCUUCGCGCCCGGCGCCUGCGCGGCGACCCAGCUCGGCCCGAUCGCGGUGACCCUGCACCUGCGCUCGGCGGCGCCGGCGUUCGACCUGCUGGUUGCGCGCGGCUUCGCGGAAAGCCUGUGGGAUUGGGUGCUUGGCCGCGCCCGCCGCUUCGGCUACGAGGGCAUCGCCCGGCUUUUCGAGCGGGAGGCGAAGCGGCGCAUGACCCAGACUUGGCGGGUGGACAGCGAGACCGGACGGCUGCGCGAGGUGCUGCUCUGCCGGCCGGAUCACUAUGCCUGGCAGCCGACCAACGCGAUCGCGCGCGAGACCCUGGCCGCCGGCCCCGCCCGGCCGGAGCAGAGCGCGCUGGAGGCGCAGUACGACGGCCUGGUCCGGGCGCUGGAGGCCGCCGGCGUCGUCUGCCACUACACCGUGCCGGAGCCGCACCUGCCCUAUCAGGUCUAUACCCGCGACUCCUCCCAG